GUCAACCGGGUGGUACGAUGUGGAUGAGUCAAUGGACAUAUUCAUCGAUGAUGUGCUGAAUGAUCAGCUUGACAUCGAUGAACUGCUGGAAGAAGCCGAGCAGCAGCAGGAUCAGGAGCAGCAGCAGUGCCGACAACAGCCAGCAGCUCCAUUGACUUAUGAGGGUAAGCCCCUCUGGCAUACCCGCAAACAACCACCAUCACCGGAGAUUUCAGCCAGUGAAUCUGAGUCGACAUCGAUUUAUGAUGCUGAAGCUGAAUCAUUGUCGGCGUUGGAGCAUAUACGUCAGCAGCAGUCGAUGGAGAUUGAAAGGAUCCAACAACUUCAGCAGCAGUAGCUUCAGAUGGAGCAGCAGCAGCUUUAGAUUCAAGAGCAACAGGUGGAGCUUCAGCGACGUCAGGAGCGUCAACAGUCGCUGGAAGCUCAAGUAAGACGCUUCAGAAUGCUGCAGGACCACGAUGCUGAAGUGUUCGUGGAGCAAAGCCAGGCAAUAGAUUACUGGCAGCUCUAAUUCCACCAACUGGAGCGAAACUGUCGAGUGCUGCUGACUCAGUUAAAUAGGGAAGCGUGUGACGUCGAUAUGGAAGCUGAAUCCAACUGACCAUUGUGAUUACGAUUAUUAUUAUUA